UUAGCGAACGUUUGUGUUUACAAACGAAGUACUCAAUGCAUGAAAUAGUGUAUAUUUUAUUAGCAUUUGGAGAUUCUUGGUUCCUAAAUCUAAGUUUCACGGUACAGAUUAUUCAAAAGAUUGAAGUUGGGAAGUAAGCAAAAAAAAAAAAAAAAGGAAAAAAAAAAUCAGAAACACAUCGCAAUAUGUCUUGUGGGCAAAAUUUGAUUGCUUAUCGAAAUAAGAAUCGGCUGGAAAGUAUAUCACGCAAUCUAUUCGAUUACCAUAACAGAAAAAAACUUUAAAAUAAGCAUUUUCGCAUUAGUAUCAUACAUCUCAUAGUAUCUUUAAAAAAAAUAGCGUUAAGAUGAGUUGCAGAAACAUCAAAAUGGUAACUGCUUACAUAGCCAAUCUAAAAAAAACAAAAAACAAAAAAAACCUUCCAUUGCGAACACGCAAAACUGUUAACACUUUAUGUAAUUUCAGGAAUCCUAAUCUACUUUCUCAAUUAUAUGUGUUUUUCCAAUGGAUUGGAAAAUCUACGUAACAUUUUUCUUGCUAAUAUCAGUGAAAAAAAACAAACAAAAAAAAAACAAACAAUCUAGGACUUAUAGAAAAUCACUUUUAAAAGAUUGUGCCAAAUUUAUGCAUCCAGACACGCAGAAAUUUAUCUUACGACGUCACUAUCUAAAUAUAUCGAGAAUUUACCACGCCGGGCGAAAUGCUUAGCGGUAUUUCGUUUGUCUUUACGUUUUGAGUUCAAAUUCCACCGAGGUCGACUUUGCCUUUCAUCCUUUCGGGGUCGAUAAAUUAAGUACCAGUUGGGUGCUGGGAUCGAUGUAAUCGACUGGCCAAAAAAUUUCGGGCCUUGUGCCUAAAGUACAAAAAAAAAAUUAGAAUCAAUAGAACAGGUAUCCCUCUACAUUAACAACUCUAGAAGCUGUGUUUUUCUCUCUCAAAGAAAUAUAACAUGCUAUUACCGAAUCUUGUAACUUUAAACAAAAGAUCGGAAAUGGUGCAUUCUUGUAGAUCCUUCUCUCGAUGUUUAUUGAGGGAUUCCCAACUAUCAAGUGACUAAAACAGUUUAUUUACCACAUAAUGGAUCUGCUACACACGUGAUACUGAAAAUAUGGAAAUAAAAUCAAUUUCUUAAAAUGAAUAGAUGAUGUAUCUACGUAUGAUAAAGAACAAGAUGAGUGUAUGACACAUUUUUUAAUGGUUUACGGUUACUAAUCAAAUCUUGGUAUUUCGAUGUGUUUCCGAAUAUUUUUGUUACGAUAUUGUCACGCAUUUUGAAUAAUCACUGACGUGAAACUCAGAGCUACAAAAGAAGAAACUUCGGCUUCUAGUAAUUCGAACAUCGGUUCAGCAUAGUAAAGGCGACAAUGAAUAAUUCACAGAAAGACAUCUUAAGAAAGUACACAGGAUUCUUGGCUCAAAAUAUAAUAUGGACAAACGAUUUAUGCAAAGAGAUGGUCUGUCAGGAUCUGCUUACUAAUUCCAUGAUGGAGGAUAUCAAAGAAUCCCACAGCAAGCAAGAAAAAGUUACUAAACUUAUCGAGUGGUUAUGUAUCAGAGAGAAGAAAUCAUAUCAUAAAUUCUGUGACGUGCUUCAGAUCUGUGGUCACACAUUUGUGGCAGAUUUUCUGAGAGACGAAGAGAGAGAAAACAAUCAUGUAGAUUUACAUCAAAUUUUUGAUAAUUCGUCUCUGCUGAAGAACAACAUAAGUCAGGAGGAGAGGCAAAGACUGAUAGGUUUCAUUACACAAAAGGUUAAAGAAUUAAAAUUAAUGUAUGCAUGGAAGAAAGAGAAUUCUGAGAAAGAGAAGAUGCUUGAAGUUAAAAAUCAACAACUGGAACAGUUUUAUGAAUACAAAGUCCUUCUCAAUGCCAAAAAUACCGAAAUUGAAGAACUGAAAAAAAUAACCGAACAGUACAAAACUGAAUAUUGUAAUCUACAAUCAAAAAUAAACGCUUUUGAAAAAGAAAUUGCCAAUUUAAAAGCGAAACACACAGAAGAUCUAUUGAUACAAAUCCGGUCCAAUCAUGCAAAUGAAUCCACAAAAGAUCGAAUCGCAGGCAAAUUAAGAUUUGCUGAAAGUCUUCUUCGGAAUAUUCAUAAAUGCAUUUCCCAAACUAUAUCACUGAAACCGAGAACAAAAGAUAGAGAAGAAAUUGCCUUAGUUGAAAAUGAAUUUGCAUUCCUGUGGGAAGAUUUUGAAAAUUUUCACAGAUCGUUUCUUGAGCUCAAAGAAAUUAAAAAACACUAUACAGAAAUGCAACAGGGAAAUGAAUGGAUUUUAGCACAUAUGGGUUUUUGUCCACACGAGCAAAAUGCACCAAGUGUUGUAAAUGCUUAUAAAGAUUUUGUUUCUCGUUCAGAUGAGAAUAUAAUAAACUUGAAAAAAGAUAUCUAUUUGAAGAACCAGCUUCUUCGUGACAAAAAUGCUCUGAUUCAAAGUUUAUUAUUGGAUACAGAAAUAAACUCUGAGACUACACAACCAAAGAAAGUGCUUUCUUUAAGGGCACUUGCAAUGACUAUGAUUCGACAGCAAAUGACUGCAUCAGGGGCUGUCAUUCGAAAAAAUAAUGAAAAUACCAAAAAAUCUGUAAAUAACACUGCCAAAGAAGGAAAUACUACGAAGAACAAGCUAAAAGUACUGAGUAGAGGAUCCAAAAGAAAAGGCAAAACCGUUAAAGAAGUGAGAAAAAGUGAAGAAAGAAAUAAAGCAAAUAUAUCUUCUAGAAUUUGGAGUGAAAUAAAAGAAGAAAUAAAUGAAAAUGACUCUAUACAAAAGAAAAUAUCUAGCUUACCGUCUAUUGAUCAUACUUUCUUUUCAUUGCCAAAUCCUCAUUAUCAGCAGCAGACCAAGAAGUUCAGCAUGAGAAAUGGCAAAAUGUCGAACAAUAUGUCACAUAAUUAUCAGUUACCAAUCAGGCAGUCUUCCACAUCUUUCCUUGACGGAUUGACUGCUAAUUCAAUAAAAAUUAUUGCAGGAAGACAGGGCAAAAAACGACUGACUUAACUUUUACUAUGCAUUGAAAAGAAAUGGUAUCUUAUAUCACUCAGCAAUAUAGAUGUCUAUAUAAUUAACAAAUAUGUGAAGUUAAUCACACAUUUUUUGCUACAUAGCGUUAGUAUAUUUGAUAACGUUCACCGAAUAACCGAAGGAGGUGAAUAUUGUUUUACCGGAUCAAAAGUUUUCCUUCGUGACAUAUAUUACAAAGUAAGCAUUACAUCUAAUUAACAAACUGUAUUGAAAUCUUUUCCUUAUGAUUCGUGCCAGCUUAGACGGAAUGUUUGCUAAGACAGAAAAUUCAAAAUGUACAGAGAUAAAAAAAAAAAGCACAUCCAAAAUACGCGAGUAUAAAUCGAGAAUACGUGCACACAUUUACAAAUACACUUACAGAAAUAGACUGAAAUACACAUCAUGAAAUCGUCCAAAGUUUAUUACCACUUGAUACACUUUCAAUGAAUAUAUGAAUAUAAAUUCUAGACUGAAUUAAUAAAGAAGGAAGCAACCAGUCUGAUGUCCUCAAUACCCAUUUACUUAUUUAUUAGCCACAGAGGCUUAAAGACAAUGGAACAGGAUAUUAAACGGAAGGUUUAUAUAAAAAAAAACGCGCAGAAAGAAAACAAUAAAACGCGAUAACAAAAAAGUCAAAAGAAUAGUGUUCCCAUAAACGAGAAAGCUACUUAUGCCGGAUCAAGAAACCGUGUAGGUCCUAGAUUACUCUGACCAAACCAAAUGCUAAUUUUGACCAGCACCACAAAGAAGCCAGACCUGUUAUCCACCUUCUCUAGGAUUUACCCUUUACUAUGAAUGUUGUCCAGGAUAAAUGUCAAAACUGCAUUGGUCUGCACUUUUCGGACGAUACGCACUAAUUUCAUUCCUAAUGACUUGGCUAAAAUCUCAAAGUCUGUAAGGUUAUGCAUCGGAAUUAAAUAAAUUAUUUCUACCUUUACAACGUUGCUUCUCAACAGUCCUACCAAUUCCGUCUUAUAGAUCUGCAAAUUCUCCCACUAGGAACAAUUUUAUCAUAAAUAUAUAUGUAAAACUCAUAAGAUAUACAAUCUUCCCCAUUCCUAUAUCAGUUGCUAUUAUGAUGGCUUUCUGCUCUAUGCGUAAAAUCUGUCAAAUGCCCCGAAAUGAUGUCGGAAUAAGCACUACACACGCUACAACCUCCAUUUAACGCCCACUCUUGUUUAUCAAAAACCAAAUUUUGGACUUUGAUACACCGCACCUCUGUCACAAUGGCCGCAAAUAAAACGGAUUUCAUUCCUUUGUGUCUCGGCUCUAAGAACCUAACCUUCAUGUAACACGUGUCGACUCUUUUCUUAUUACUUUCUGUAAUUUUCUUACAUCUCCCUCCCUAAUGCAUUAGUUUGCUAUUACUCUGUUGUUGCUAAAAAUUAUCGAUUCUAAUCUAACAGCAAUCUUAACUUCGAUUCGUGAACACAUUUUGAAGAUUGCCUAACGUCGAUCGUCCCUAAUACACUAACCCUCUCAUUCUAGGGUCUGCAGAGCAGGAAUGAUGCAUGUAACCUUCAGUAGUUUGGUUCCACUGUGUGAAAUAAGUGGUCGUCUGAACUCUUACAGGGCUAGGGUAGCAUUAUUUUUUCAUGUGUCUAAAAGUUUUCCUGGUAAACACCGCUCUUAAGUACUAGUGGGAGACUGAAAUGGUAUUUUAGUCGUCGCCUUGGAUUAUAUGAAUUUAUGUGAUGGCAUUGUGAGAUUAUAUGGAGUUAUGUGACAGCAUCCCAAGUUUAUGGUCUUGUAGUUGAUAUUGUGGACACGCAUGUUAAACUACAAUAUUCCUUAGCGUAGAUGUAAACCUACUUGAAAUUUAGAUACGAUCUGAAGGAACCGCUACAAUUUCCUCAUCUCAAAAGCAGUGCAUUCAAGAAAUCCAUUCAGUACCUGUCAGAGAGUUGGAACUGUCUGGAUGUAUUGGCGAGAAAUUUAUCCCCAUCUCUCCCAUCACAUAAUCUCACAAAAGCUAAAACUACGACUACAUUAUCGUUUCAGUCUCCCACUUGAACUUAAGCGCGAGACUUUACAACGAAAAAUUUUAGACUCGAGAAGAAAUAAUGCUUCCCUGCCCCUGCAGGUGUUUAGACAGCCAAUUGUCUGAAGACAUUGUCUUCCUUGCUGCUCAUGCCCACCUCCACUUCCGAAUUAACACCUGGUUCUUGAAAUAUCAUGCAUCCGUAACUCGAGGUUCUUACAUUUCUGAAACAACUUUGUUACUCUGGUUCACAUGUAAACCGACUAAGUAAUUAGUACACCUUGCAGUCAGCGAAAACAAUCUCGAUUGUGCAUAUCCUUCAAAUGCUGGUCACAUUGAUGGUUUCACGCGCACGUGCGCGUGCAUACAUACACAUGUAUGUAUGUAUGCAUGUAUGUAUGUAUAUCUAUCGUAGGCGUGGCUGUGUGGAAUAUCGAGACCACAUACGCGGCAAGACUUAUAUAUAUAUAUAUAUAUAUAUAUAUAUAUAAGCAUUUGAAUAUCGUAAUAUGUUGCACAUUCACUCAUUCUUCUAUUUUGAAUAUGAGGUAUGUGGCGGGCUACCCCUUUCCAUUUUCAUAUAUGAGAUUUCAUUUAACGUGCCAUCUAGGGCUCUCUCCACAUCUACAUUAGGUAGAACUAGUAAAUCCAUCGUGGUCUUGGCACGAGAUGUUACUCCCUACCUCUCACGGCUGACACUCUUCUCGUGGACAAAGUGUUACCAGCUUUAGUUUUAUCAAAAUGUCGUAUCCUUUAGCAACAUUUUAAAAAGUAAUACACGAGAACGAAGGCGCUUGAAUUAGGGUUAAACACACUUUUGUUUCAUCAAAGACGUGUAUGUUCUUUCCAAACCUAUUGUCCGCUGUAUUAGACAUUUUUGAAAAGUUACUUCAUAUUUUACAAUUUGUUUCUUUGUUCGUUAAUAUUCAUAUUUCUCUCUCUCUCUCUCUCUCUCUCUCUCUCUCUCUC